CACAAUGGAGCAGCCGUGACUCCAUGGAUGAUAACACACACACACACACACACACACACACACCCUCUGUCUCUGUGUCUCUGUCACACGCACACACACACGCACGCUCCGUGUUUGAAGGCGUGUGCGUGUGCUGUCUCCAGGCUGCUGUACACACACGUUCGCGCGCGCUUCUAGAAACUGCAGCGAGCUGAGUGAAGCUAGCUAAGCUAGCGGCUAGCAGCUCCCCGGUUCCGGUUCUGGUUCUGGUUCAGGUUCUGGAUCAUGGACUUCCCCUUCGACAUCCACAUCCUGUUCCCGGACCGGGUCUCGGUUCUGGAUCACACUCUGGUAGCAGGCCGCAGGUCAGCAGGGAGGCCGGACCUGCAGGCCCACAUCGCCACUGUCAUCGAUGAACUUGGGAAAGCCUCAGCAAAGGCGCAGCAGCUGGCCGCCCCCAUCACCAGCGCCUCCAAGCUGCAGGCGCAGAGACACCAGGUCUUCCUGCUGAAGGACGCCGAGAGCGGCGGAGGACGGGGGGUGAUCGUGGGCUUCCUGAAGGUGGGCUACAAGAAGCUGUUCCUGCUGGACCGGCACGGCGUGCACGUGGAGGCCGAGCCGCUCUGCGUCUUGGACUUCUACGUAGCGGAGAACCUGCAGCGGCACGGCUACGGCCUGGAGCUGUUCCAGUUCGUCCUACAGCAUAAGAACCUGCAGCCGGUCCAGAUGGCGUACGACCGGCCCUCGCCCAAGUUCCUGUCCUUCCUUGAGAAGCAUUUCUGUCUCACGGACAGCGUCCCUCAGGUCAAUAACUUCGUGGUGUUUGACGGCUUCUUCCUCAGCAGGACAGCGGCCCAGCUGAGAAAGGUUCCCCCAAAAAAGCCGGACGGAGAGAUCAAGCCCUACUCACUGAUGGAGAGAGAAGCGUUCUGCCGGGAGCAGAGGGCCCUCCCCUGGCCCUUCGCUCCUCCUCCCUCCCCCCGGCGGCCGGGAUCCUCCCACUGCUCCCCCAGCAGGACGGCGCCGCGGGCCACGCCCACCUCCUCAGCCGGCAGCAGCAGGGACCAGAGCCCUCAGUCGCCUCUGAUCCAGCACUGCAGAGCAAGACGCACCAGCUCCCUCACUAGAUCAGAGCUGGGCUUCCACUGACCGCCGCCGUGUGGAGACCCGGCUGUAGCUCCUGGUUCUGCAGGAGAACGCUGCUCUUCUAACUGCCUUUUCUAGAACCAUUAAACGUUCUGCCACCCCCUGCUGAGAGACUGCUUCUGUCCCACUAACACCGACACGCCCACACCGCACGCUGACCAAUCAGGAGCCCGCUGCUCUCCCGCCACACGGGAGGGGGCGGAGCCACCAGCAGGGGCCGGGUGGAGGACCAGGUGGGGGACCGGGUGGAACAUGUGGGAACCUCAGUGUUUGUCAGGCUCUUUCUGCAGUCAGCUGGUCUCUGGUCUCAGAUCAGCUGGUCUGGGGUCAGUCAGCUGGUCUCAGAUCAGCUGGUCUCUGGUCAGUCAGCUGGUCUCAGAUCAGCUGGUCUCAGAUCAGCUGGUCUCAGA